UCACCGAGCAAUUUGUCAGUUUAUCGAGGGACAGUCGACGUUAACCGGCUAACCAGGAUACGCACUGUUGCAGUAUAACAGGCAAAACACAGUCAUUAGAAAAUCCUGUUGCACUGCAUAACUGGGCAAACUAGCUUGACCGCUGCAAGAUGCCAGAAAAUCAGAGGAAAUCCUCACCCGGACACUCCACGUCAUUUCUCAUUGAAGACAUAUUGUUCCGGUCGAAAAACAACCGUUCCAACCCCGAGUUUCAGAUAGCAAGUCAUGAAAGGAAUCGACAUCAAAUGCCACGAAGCCCAGAAUGUUUUUCAAUGUUACCAUCAACCAUGGCUUCUCCUUAUCUAUCUUAUCCAACACACUACAUGCACAAAAACUCCAUUACAGAACCAUUUUUCAUCACACCCCAAGGCCUGCCGUUUAGUAAUAUAUGGGCUACACGCGCCGACUACGGACAUAGUCAACUGAGCUCAAGAUUGUGCCGCAGACGGAAAGCCAGAACGGUAUUUUCUGACCAACAACUCACCGGUUUGGAGAAAAGAUUCGAAGUGCAAAGAUAUCUAAGCACACCCGAAAGAGUCGAACUGGCUACCGAACUCAGACUGUCUGAAACACAGGUGAAGACGUGGUUUCAAAAUCGCCGUAUGAAACACAAAAAACAAUUGCGAAAAGUGAACGACGACACGGUUAUCAGUGGAGAAAAAUCCACCGACGGUAGUCAGCUUUCUAGUGCCAACAAAUCAAUGUCUACCGAUUACCCGGUUGAUUUUUCGUCCAAGAGUUUGGCCCACGGCGGCACUACAACGACAGACGUCGGUGUCCAAGGCGAAAGACACCGAAGUGUCAGGGGGGCAGUCGGCGAACCGAUGUUGGCCGCCAACAGCUGCAUACAACAGCGGUACGAUCUUGGCGAGAUGUCCGAGGUGGACGACGACAUAGACGUGGACGACGACGAAGACGCCGGCCGGUGUGUGGACGAUGACGACGACGAAGACAUUAUCGAUAUCGUUGGCGACAACUCGGAAAAUGUGAUAAUAGGCAGCGGGAACAGUGGUAAUAGUGGCGUCCAACGGAACAGUUAUGAACAACAGAGAUUUUUUUGAAAUUGUACUAAACGAUUUGUUCGCCUUUUCUUUAUGCAUUCCGUUUUCUUUAUAAAUACCGUACAUUAAUUUAUAAAAAAUAAAAUACUAUGUUGAUUAUUUGUUGGUAAUAUGGUAUAAGUUGAACUCGAACCCUAUCACAGUUGAAACUCGAGAUGCAACUAUUAAAAAUACUAUUAUAAGACUACCAUAUUAUCUGUUUUUACGUGUCUUAAUAGCACCUGCUUUCUCGUAUCUAUUGUAUUAUUAUGAUGUUAAAUAAAUGCUUUUCCGUCAUUUAGACGACCCGCGCGUGACUAUUUGUCUAGGGAUCAAAUAUAGGCAAUAUUUGAUAAUACAUUUUGAAUAAAUAAAUUAACUGUGGAAUGUCAACUUGUUUUCAGGUUAAUUUUGAUUAACUUUUACAAUUCAUUUUUAACAUAUCCCAUUUACGCCCAGCGUCCUAUAUGUAGAGCACCAGGCUGGUAACUGUUUUAAUGACUGUAUCAACCUUGUUCAACUUUAUAUCAAACUAGUAUAUAUAACCUUGGGCAUAAAUGGGUUAACUUGUUUUUUAUACAAGCUGUACCUACACAUUUUGCAGGGGAAAUAUAACUUAUCGAAAAUAUAAUAUCUCAUAGGCUGAUCACAUUUUGAUAUAUAAUUUUUUUUUUACUUGCUACAUUCUCCACUGACCUUUGAUUUUUUUAUUUAAUUACCAAAUGACAAUAAUUUAAGAUUUGAAGAUUUGUUUAUAAUGCUCAAAGUUCAAACACUUAUAUUAUGACACAUAGACAUUGAAAAUCAAAAUCAUUGCAGACUGUAGAAAGUUUUCUAUCUGUGUAAAUAUAUUUACAUGGAUCAAAACCUAAUCAGCCUUUAAAGCGCAAUCCCUUUUUCAGUAGGUACCUAUAGCAAGUUUAUAAGUAAAAAGCAGGCCACAUACCUUACUGUCCUUACGAUUUUACAUAA